AUGGAAGCCGGAGGGAAGGCAUGCGGGGAGUGCGGCAAGGCGCUCGAGACGCCGCUCCGCUGUUCGCGCUGUCCCACUCCGCCGCAAGUAGUGCAAGAUAGGGUGGUGACGCAGGUCGACCGGUCGGCAGGCACCAGGCGUGACGUGGCGCCCGACCCCGCUCGGUUCCCGUCGCUGCUGCGGGUCUUCUCCUACGUGCCCAGUCCCGACGGGCUCAACGAGAACCUCCUCAUCCUCCUUCAUGGCCUCGGCGACACGCAUAAGAACUACGAGUCGCUGGGCAGGACGAUGGCCGUGCCGCAGACCUGCUGCCUGGCCCUCCGCGCACCGCUCGACCUGCCGUUCGAGCUCGGCUACGGUUGGUUCCCCGCGUUCAACCAAGACGACGGCUCAUUGAUUACGCCGACGGUCCAAGAGAAGCGACGCUUGAACGGGCUCGCCAAGGCGCAGCAGCUCCUCACCGACUUCCUGGCCGUGCUCGAGCGCGAAUACGACUGGGAACCGAGUCGCGUCUUCCUCCUCGGAUUCUCGCAGGGCGCUGUGGUUGCGGUCCGACUGGCGCUGACGCUUGUCGACCGACCGCUGGGCGGCGUCAUCGCCGUCUCGAGUUCGCUGCUCGAAGAGGAGGCACUCGCCACGCCCAUCGGGCCGACCGCGUCGGCGGCGCCACCGCGGACGCCGCUGCUGGUCACCCACGGCCGCCGGGACCGUAUGGUGCCCCUCGACCAGGCCCGACGACAUCUGGUCCACGUGCGGAGCCGCUAUGGCGCGGCCGAGGCCGAGGCGGGCGGCAAGGCGCUGGUGCAAUGGAAGGAGUACGAGAAGGGCCACGAGAUGAUCAAGAGCCGGGAGGAGAUGCAGGAUGUGAUGGCCUUCCUCGCCGAGCACCUGAGACUACGCAGCGUGGCACUCGAGCGGCGGGACGACCUCAUCGAGGUCACCCCCGGGCACUCACGCGGGCAAUGA